AUGAUUAAGGUGCUGUUCAGUAAGAGACAGAUCUACUGCCUGGAACUUCCUGCUCUUCUUUGUACUGGUCCAGGUGUUUCCCUCUUUCCCUACGGGCCAAAUGUUGGAGAUCAAGAGUUUGUCAAGAGAACUGUGGACUUCACUUCACCACUCUUCAGGCCCCAGAUUGGCUUUCCUUUUGGCUCCUCUCUUCGGGAUUACCUCUACUUCACAGAUAAUGGCCAGAUCAUAUUUCCAGAGUCGGAGUACCAGAUUUUCUCCUACCCCAAUCCUCCCCUUAGAGGCUUCACAGGCUGGGAUCCUGUGGCCCUGGUGGCUCCAUUCUGGGAUGAUGCUGAUUUUUCCAGCAGCCUUGGAACCAUAUUCUACCAGGAAUAUGAGACACUCUAUAAUGAGCACAACCUGCUAGUCUGGCAGGUGGAGUCUUGGAUUAAAAAGUUCACACAGACCCGGAACUACAAAGCCAGGUGGACCCUAAAGGUCACGUGGGUCAAGGCCCCCGCCUAUCCUGCCCAGUGGACCUUUGGCACCAACACCUACCAGGCCAUCCUCUCCACGGAUGGGAGCAGGUCCUAUGCCUUGUUUCUCUACCAAAGUGGUGGUAUGCAGUGGGAUGUGACCCAGCGCCCAGGCAACCUGGUCCUCAUGGGCUUCUCCAGUGGCGAUGGGUAUUUUGAAAACAGCCCACUGACAUUCCAGCCAGCAUGGGAGAAGUAUCAUCCAGACCAAUUCCUGGAUUCUAACUCAGGCCUCCGGGGCCUGCAGGUCUAUAGGCUACACAGGGGAGAAAGGCCCAACUACCGUCUCAGGUGCCUGCAGUGGUUGAAUAGACAGCCUCAGUGGCCCCAAUGGGGCUGGAACCAGAUGUUCUGCCCUUGCUCCUGGCAGCAGGGACUGUGGGACUUACGAUUCCAGCCCAUCAACAUAGGCUGGUGGGGCCUCGGAGGCAGGCAGCUGUGCCGCGUCUCCUCCUGGCGCGGGGGCGUGUGCUGCAGCUACGGGCCCUGGGGCGAGCUUCUCCAAGGCUGGACAGUGAGCACUCCUUGGCAGUUUGACCAAGAGCUGGAGCCGUGGGACUGGUGCUGCCGUGGAAGUGACAAGCCCUCCUUCUGUGCCCUGUACCAGCAAAGGCGGCCCCGCAUCAGCUGUGCUGGGUACCGGCCCCCAAGGCCCGCCUGGAUGUUUGGGGACCCCCACAUCACCACCUUGGAUGGUGCCAAUUAUACCUUCAACGGGCUGGGUGACUUCCUGCUGGUCCGGGCCUGGGACGGAAACUCCUCUUUCCUGCUGCAGGGCCGCACUGCUCAGACCAGCUCAGCCCAGGCCACCAACUUCAUUGCCUUUGCAGCUACAUACAACAGCAGCAGCCUGGACCCCAUUGCAGUUCGAUGGCUCCUCGAACCCAAUGACACAAUCCACGUGCAGGUCAAUAACCAGACUGUGUCGUUUGAGACUAACCGUGAAGACUCAGAAGGCCAGGAGAUAUUCAACACCACUGGCAUUGUAGUGACCCGCAACGGCUCCCUGGUGUCAGCCAGCUUUGAUGGGACUGUGACCAUCUCUGUGAUUGCCCUCUCCAACAUCCUCCAUGCCUCCUGCAGCCUCCCGGAGGAGUAUCGAAACAGCACAGAGGGCCUUCUGGGAGUCUGGAAUGACAAUCCAGAUGAUGACUUCAAGAUGCCCAAUGGCUCCACCAUUCUCAACAAAAGCGAUGAGUGGCAGCUUUAUCAAUUUGGAAUGACCUGGGAAAUCAAUGAUACAAGACUCCUUGGCAAGAGAGACAACACUCUGCCUUCCAACUUCACCCCUGUCUUCCUUUUCCAACUGAAGAACAACCAUUCAAGUGAAAGUCUGGCCUCUGAUUGUGAUGGAGAUGAGCAGUGCAUCUAUGACAGCCUGGCCACAGGAAAUAUGAAGACUGGCCUGAACACUAAGAUGCUCAUUAGCAGAUACCAGCUGAUGAACACCACCCUCAGUAAGUAUCCACCUUCUAUUGAGGGUGAUCAAAUGGUGAGAGCCUACCUGGGGCAGACCAAGCUGACUCAGUACACCAGCCGCUCUGAAAACGUCGUAUUCACCCUGAGAAACAGCAACACUGACUUCAAGCUCUUUGAGAAUGGGACAUUGUUAUGGACACCAAAGUUGUUGGAACCAUUCACUCUGGAGAUUCUAGCAAGAAAUGUCAAAGUCAACUUGUCAUCUGUACUCCAGCCAAAGACAGUGGUCUGUGCUUGCAGGGAAGAGAGCCAGUGUUUAUACAACCAGACCAGCUGGGUGGGCAAUUCCUCCCUGGAGGUGGCCAGCUGCAAGUGUGAUGGGAACACCUUUGGCCCCUACUGCAAACGCUCCAGGGACCCCUGUGAGGAGCCGUGCUUCCCGAAUGUAAAGUGCACUCCUGGGGUGGGCUGUGAGGCCUGCCCCCAAAACCUGACUGGAGAUGGGCGUCACUGUGCAGCUCUGGAGAACUCUCCCCUCUGUCAGAACGUGUCCUGCCCUGUGAAUUACUGCUACAACCAGGGCCACUGCUACAUCUCCCAGACGCCAGACUGCCAUCCCACCUGCGCCUGCCCCCCAGCCUUCACCGACACCCGCUGCUUCCUGGCUGGGAACAAUUUCACUCCAACCAUCCACCAAGAGCUUCCCGUAAGAAUCAUCCGGCUCUUGCUCAGGGAAGAAGAAAAUGCCUCCGUAAUAGAUGUCAAUGCCUCGGUGGCCUACAGACUGAGGAAACUGGAUGUGAGGGCCUUUCUCCAGAACAGCCAAGUGGUGCAAAUCAAUUCCGGGGCAGCACAGGCCCCGGGAAGAUACCUUCAACGCUGGAAUGUCAUCUCGGAGUUCCAGUACCUCCCUCGGGGUCCUGUUAUCGACUUUCUGAACACCAAGCUGCUGGAUGCAGUGGUAGAGGCAUUCUUACCCCAGGCCUCAUGGAAGAGAUGGAACAGAAGUGAGGAGCCCAGGACCAACGUGAACUUCCACUCCAUCUCCAGAGAAGAUGUGUACAGUGUGAAGGCUCUGAACGUGAGCACACUGGAGACUUACUUCAAAUGCAAUGGCUACAAGGGCUACCACCUGGUCUACAGCCCCCAGAGUGGCCUGACCUGCGUGUCUCCAUGCAGUGAGGGCUACUGUGAGCACGGAGGCCAGUGCCAGCACCUGCCCCAAGGGCCCCGCUGCAGCUGCGUGCCCUUCUCCAUCUACAUGCCCUGGGGCGAACACUGUGAGCACCUGAGCGUGAAGCUUGGAGCCUUUUUCGGGAUCCUCUUUGGAGCGCUGGGAGCCCUCUUGCUGCUGGGGGCAGUGGUGUUUGUGGCCCUGCGCUUCUGGAGCUACCCCGGGAGCCAGUACUCCUACCCUCUGGACUCAGAAAGCUGA